GUAAACAAUUGAUCGUUGUACGGAGUAGAACAUCUGUUUUCUGGUUCGGUGAAACGGCCAGUUCACACGAGCACCUGCGGGGUAUUUCCCAGCACGAUCGAAAUGGAGUCAAGAUCAGCCAACAUUGUUGCUGGCGAGGCGUCCGAAACGGACGAUGACGAGACUGAGGUAAUAUCGAUCGAAAAAGGAAUUCCCCAUUUAUCAUCGCCCGGUUCGGGUGGCGAGCUGCCACGGAUGCCGUUACCGUAUACGUUUGCGAGGGAAGCGGUAGAAUCAUCGUCACCAGCAAUGGUGGGGCCGGAUGGGGAACCCCAAGGUUCGCACGUGAGGCGCGCGAUGAACGAACGGUGCAUUUCGCUGUUGAACGAGUUCAUCCACAACACGGUGGUAUCCGUCUCGAAGCAGCUCAACGAAACGGAUAACUUUCUGAUGAAAUCCCAGAUGGUGCUUCAAAACACGACCACGUCGGUGAAGAAAAUGAACGACAACACGCAUCAAAUGCAUACCAAACUGCAAGACAUUCUCACUUUUAACUUUGUACCGAAUAUCAACAUCUAAAUUAACGCUCGCGCGCCCACUGUAG